GCCAACCACCCAUCUUUGCAACCAGCCAUCGUAUAAUGAGUCCAGAGAGUCUGCGAGGCUGGGCCUCGCGCUUGCGGAUAACUACAUGUAGUCCUUCAAAUACUCCAAAUUCUUGGUAACAUUCCAUCGUCCUCGACAGCCUCCCAUCACAACCAGAACACGAAAUCCCCAGCUUCACCACUGCCCAGUUGACUAUUCCUGAUACAGACUUUCUCCUUCUGUCUUGAGCACGUCCCCUGCAGGCCUAUCCAAGAUUGAUCCCACGGCGCCGCAAACUGUUGUUGCCCUUUCUAGUCGGGGUUCCUUGCCGGGCUUUGCGCCGCCUCCGAACUCGCCGCGAUCGCUCUCUCCUCGAAGCCAUCAAUCAGAACCGGUCCCCAUAAGAGAACUCCCCGACAGCGCUUCGCUCCUUCGCGGACCUCGACUCAGUCCACCGCCUCCUCUCCGGUUCCGCAUUUUCACCUUUGUGGCUCACUCACGUGCCCGGAGCGAACCGUUUGCACGCGACAACACAGUCCAAAGCAGCCGCCACCCUUCACUGCAGCCUCCUCCACCCUCCACACAACCACUUUUUAAUCAGAACCAUGGUGCAACGAAACUACGUGAUUGCGAUCAUUGUGAUCUGCCUGUUCGUUGUGCUGGCCAUCGUGGGCUACGCCAUUUAUGCGAUUCAGAACCGAGUCAGCCUGUUCGCGAAACGGGAGAAGGAGAUAGAAGAGGGAGAAGAAGAGGAAUAACACUCUCAGAAACUCCACGCGUGCGCAAGCGUGUACGUUUCCACCUUGAUGACGAUAAUGAUCUCGAGAACAAAGUUUUGGCGAAUAAAAGGUCGGUUUCUGGAUUGCUCUACUCGGAAGAUGAGCGGGAUACUUGGUUUUAGGACGUACAAUGAGGGAUCUUGACAUGAUACGAUGAACGCUUUGUUUGUUAGCAGCACCAUCGGCGGACAAUACUAUGAUGCAAUAAUAUGCUAAGAAUAUUGGACAACCAAUGUAGAUAUUGUCAAGUUUGGAGCUACAAUAUCAUUAUAUUAUGGUCAAUUGCAUUUUGUCUCGAUUCAAAGGUCCGAAAUAAUGCUGAUAUUUGCC